UCGGCUGCUUGGCGCGUGCAAACCUCAGUACAGGUUUAGGACUAUUUUGUGGUUUUUCGUCCGCUGCGAAGUUGUCUUUUAUGAGAAGUUUUCUUGUCUGGGGAUUUCAUCAAAAAGGGAACAUAAGAAGUGGGUCAUGACUGGGCUAUCAGAAACAGGUGGCAGCUGCUUUCAGAAUUCUGAAUACAGUUUGUAUUCCCCCAACCAGUGGCAGACCAAUGUUGUAAAUUGUCAGCAGCAAGAAAAAUAUAAUUAUUUUCAACCUUUGAAUUCACAACAGCAGCUCUUGCCAAAUCAGCAUGUAAAUAAUUGUGAAAAAGUGAAAAACAUGAUUGGAAAAUGUGUUGAUAAUGAGUAUCGGGUAUUUCAAAAUGAGGAACAGAAUGUGUUCAGUAAUUUUCAGAAAUAUGCUCAAACUCAUUUUCCUUUACAUCAUACACCGAUACAUAACCAGCAGUCACAGAAAUCUUUGAAUUCAACAGGUCAGGUGACUUCAUCACCACAAAUGCCAACAAGACAUAGUAAAUUACCACUAGAGACCAGCUAUCAAGAUAGCUUACAACCCAUUGCAGAAAGUCUUGUUAGGUUACCAGAUCAAAUAACUGCAAGUCAAAAAGUCUUUAGUAGGCAGAGUCGGCGUGAUCAUUUGAAUGCACUACAACAGAGCUCUCUUCAGAACACGAUUCACUUCAAUCACAGAUAUAGUGCAAAUCAAAAUCAGAUAAGCAAUCAUCAUUUAAUUGGUCCCAGCCCUAAUCUUUAUCACAGUGACAGUUCCAGAACACAUGAUGCUUGUUUGAAUGUUUAUCAACAGAGCCAUUCCAAUUCUUUUACAUCCUCAGUAAACAUUUUUCAGGAAAAUCAGUUCAUUCAGCUACCUGUAAGUGCAGCUAAUACUUCUGAGUCAGCUUUAUCCACCACAAAUCACUAUUCAGUGAACAGUCGUAGGCUCACAAGAGCUGACUUGAGCAACUGCAGGCAUACAAGAUCUGACUUGCUUCCUUCCAAAGUAAACACUUUAGUAUACAGUAGAACUUGUGAAGGCAGUGUUGCCCCUUCACUUGAAUGUGAGAAUACUUGCCAAAUGGGCAGUUUUCCUGCAGUUGUUUCUAGUAUGAGAAAAGAAAUGCCCAUGGCAUAUCCUCAAAUGUAUGAAAUUAAUGGAAUGAGUAACUUGUCGCAAAGGUCUGUGCCCCAGCAUAACCAUCAACCAUAUGAAUAUACCUCACAUCAGAUCUCAAAUGGGUCGCAAACUAACCACAAUACUCCUUCCAAAAAACAGAGAAUUAACAGUUCUGAACCAAAGUCAUCUGAUCCGUUCAUAUCAAUGAAAAAAACAAAUGAAUCUCGGUCUUCUAACCUGGAAUCAUUCAGUGAUAAUUUUUCUAUGCAAAAAUGGUAUAAAAUGCCUUGUGAGGAGGAAAAUAAUGGAAAAACCAGGUUGCAUCCAAAUAAGGAUAAUUGUAACACAUCAGAUAGUUCUCAAAAUGGAGUAUCUGCCAUGUCUACUGAUCAGACUGGGAGUGCACUGAAAGAGAAAAACUCAUCUCCAAGUGGUUGUCCCAAUUCUUCAUGUAUAGACAGUCCUGUUGUGGAUAAUGAACUAAGUGUGCUGCAAGCUGCUACAAGUGAAAGAUUACACAAUUCAGAAGAAUCUAGUGAUUGUGGUAUAUUAAGCAGUCAUUGCCAAGAUAUAUCCAAUUGCAAGAAAGCUAAGAUGUUUGUUUCACAUGAACUACAUGUACACAGUGGUAGUGAAAGUAAAGGAGAACAAAGUUCUAGCAAACAGUGUGGGGUUUUUACCAGUUUAGUAAAGUCUAAAGGUAAUGACACUACUAACAGUAAUAACUUAUUAGAUGAAAAUCAUUUGUUCAUCAAUUUUGAUAGCCGUCCUGAAGAAGCUAGUCCAAAUUCCACUGAAAGAUGUAAAACAGACGUCAAAUCACCAUGUUUAGCAGUUCAGGAAGAAGGACCACAACAAGACAUGAGUACAUUGACAGAUUUAAAUGCUGAUUCAGAUUCACCAAGUCCUGUGAAAAGUGGAAACCUGUCUUUUGAAAUGCCUGAAAGAAUUUCGUCAUAUGAUGAUCUCCCUUUGCCAGUUAUAAAAUAUGUGCCCCGGAAGACUCCAAAAAAUUUUCUUGAUGAAAACAAAAAAAGAAUAGGUUUUGAUUUAAAUGUUAAAAAUUCUGCAGCAUUCAAGAUGAGUCAUGAGUUGGUAAGACAUUUCAGUAGCAAUACAGGUACCAUAGAUGUGGUUUCACAGUCCAGUUUCAUUGAUGCAUCAAAAUGUAAACAAACCAAACGUAAAACACAUGCAAACUGUGUUGCAAUGCAGGAUACUCAGAAGAUGGAAUCUACAACAAAGAGUAACAAACUACCAAAGAAAGACUUCAAAAACAAAAGAUCUGUAAGGAAGUCUGAUUCUCUCAUGAAAGUGAAACUUUCUUUUCACAGUGGUAAGCACAAAAAAAGGCAUAUGUCUCACAAUUCAGUACAAAAUAAUUGUCAGUCUUCUGACAAUGUAGAGAAAAAACACCAUAGUGAUCUUGGAACAGAUACUUCUCAAUCUUCCAGUAGUAGAGUCAAAAGGUGUGAAAAUGAUUUGAAUACCAAUGUAAAUGUUUCUCAAUCUACAAACAGAACAAAAAAACGGCAUCUCAGUAGUCCAGAUUUGAGCAUGUCUCAGUCUUCCAAGAGUAAAAAGAAAAGGUACCACAUGAAUUCUACACAUGACUUCAAAACCAAGAAUCACAGUAAAGACACGUUGGAUUUAGACCUUAAUACCAAAAAACAAAGUGUUUUUUCCAGCAAAAAUUAUCAUUCAAAAUCAAAACAAUUUGACAAAAAGCAACACAUGGCCCAACAUGAAAAUGAUCUUCAUUCGGGUAAACAAAGAAAUUCUUGCAGACAGACUAAACCUUCAAUCAAUUCUACUAAACAUGUUGAUGCUGAGACAAAUGGCAGUAGGGAAAAGUUGGAUAGCUCUGAGCAGUAUUUAGAAGCAAAUAAGUUGUCAAUUUUCUCAAAUGUACUGGAAAGUGUUACGGAAAUAAUUUCCAGCAAAGGUGUACAUAUUGCUGGAAAUGAAGCUCUGUCUAAAACAUCAAAAUAUGCAAAUGUAGAUCAGGUUUCAAAAGAAAAAUCAAGCUCUGUUACUUCUGAUUGUGUUGAGGAGAAUCACUGUUGUUCUUUAAAGUUUGACCAAUUGAUGAUGUUUCCAGGUUACAACGAACUCAAGAUGGUCAAGUACCAUGGUAAACCGUUGCUCUGCUUGAAUCUACCUAAUGGAAAAUAUUUUGUUAUGAAAGAGUUCAUAGCAAAGUGCUUCACAACUAGCAAGAAAAAGAUAUACCAAGCAAAAACCAAGGUUCUGCACAUAAAGUAUUGUGAGCUUCGACAUCAAUGUCGAAAGGAAGUCAUCAGAUACUUGGCUGAAGGGAUCCAGAAGCAUAAUAUAUGUGCAGGGCCUACUCGUACAGAAAUGACCACAAAAGCUCGUGAUUUGGAAAAUAUGUUUUUGGGCAUUAUUUUGGUACAAGAUGCAAACAAACUGUACCAUCAUCUAAAUCCCGCAAAAACAAAUAUGCAUCAAUCUGAGAUCCCCAAAGCAAAAUGUUCUGGUGUUGUAGGCUGUGGAAAAAAAGAGGAAAAAACUGAAGAAAUGAAGACUAACAUUAGUUCAGAAGUCAAAGCCAGUGAUUACUGCACAAAUGAUGAUAUAUUAAUUGCAAGUGACCAAGAGAGAUCAAAAUGUUUGCAGUCUUCAGAAAAAUGUGUUCAACAUACAGUGUCUUUUUCCAUGAAUAACCAUGAUGCAGAUGAUGAAAACAGUUCAGUUUCCAGUGACAGCACCUUUAUAUAUUGUGAUGGUAUGGCAGCCCAUGUAAGAAAUUCAAAUGUGUUUCUUAAUGAAACUGAUACUCAUGGAAAUCCAUUAUCCACAGCAGUAGUCAACUUGGAUGAAUGUGGUAAUACAAAUAAGUCCGAUAAGUUUACAGAGAAGUGUUUAUUGGAUCAGAAGACAACCGAGGAAACGGCUUGCCACUCUUCAGACAAGCAUCUCUCCAGCCAGAUGACAGCUACAGAUGAGAUGAACAUUCCAGAAAAUUGUAUUUCAAGUAAUGUGAUAACUCACGGAAAUAUUCAUGGUAUGUGUGUAUCAUCUAAGGAAAAGGCAAAUGUGUCUCAACAGACGUUUAAGCUAAAUAGCCUGACAGUUGAGGAAAAUGACAAAUCUGCAGAUAAGUGGACAUUAAAUAAUAUGACCGAUGAGAAUAAUGCAGACAAGUGUAUUUCAAGUCAACUGACAGUUAAUGAAAAUAAUGACAAACCUGCAGAUGCAAGUCUUCUGAUAGCCAAGGAAAAUGCAGGGAGGUGUGCAUCAAGUCAUCUGUCAUUUACCGACAGUGCUGCUGAUGGUAUAACAAGUCAGACAAUUGAUGGAGGUGUGGAAUUGAUAGAGGGAAUUCUAUUGAGAUAUCUCCUGCAGGACAGGACAAAGUGGUACCUUAUAACAGAUCUUUAUCCCAUGUUUGGAGAACAAGAAGUUUUGAGUGUAGUUCAGAGUGAGUCCAUAAUCCUGAAAGGCUGCACCAAGGAGCAGUGUCAGUACUUUAAAGGGUUAAAUUAUCUACUGGAUGAUGCUGGUUGGUAUUUAUUAACAGAAGAGAGUGUGCAUAUUAUUCUGUCAUCCACCAAGAAAACCUCUGCAGGCAGCUGUGUUGAUUUUAUUAAUAAUUCUUUUGGAGAUAAUGAUAAACGUGAUAAAAUGUCAUCAUGGAAUGAAGAAAUUGUAAUACAUUCUGACAGUGAAAAUGAGUUCUCAUCACAUCAUGCUAAUAGUGUCUCUUGGAUGGAUGACUGUUCUUCCAAAACCUGUGAUACUUCAUUAGGAAAUUCUGAUUCAUCUAAAUCUGCAUUUGGUUCAUUAGCGACAUGUGAUGAAGCUACAUGUUUGUCUGGAACUGCUGAAAGUUCAUCAAGAACUGAUGUGGUUUCAUCAAGUACUCAUGCAGCACUAUCAAGUACUUGUGUUGUUUCUUCUGAAAAAGACAAUGAUUUACAAGUAGCUGUGACUUCUUGUGAUGGUUUAUCUGAAACUGGAGACAGUUUGUCCUUGGCAGGUGAUGGCUUACUUAGAAUGUGUGAAUUGCGUGAAACUCUGCAAGAUUCUCACACAACCUGUUAUGAUUCUUCAGAGCUUUGUGGUAAUGUAUCAGGGACUGAUAUCGAUGCAUCUAUGAUUCCAUCUGGAACAGAUGAGAGGUUAGAUGGUAUAUUGCCAGAAUCAUCUAUUCCAGUUGCAGGAUCUUUUACUCCAUGCAGUGUAAACUUGGGAGAACAUGUAGAAAUGAAGAAAAAAGCCUUUAUUGCUGAGCAAAGCAAUGAAGUUGCUGAUAAAUUAAAAUUUGUUUAUGAAACCUUUCGUGGAGCACCAAAGGAAGCCAUCUUGAAUUCUGUUCUUGAACUAUGUGAAAAGAUUCAUCAUCUGCAAAAUGAAAAUCGGAAUCUGAAUUCAGAAGUCAACAGAAUUAAUAAAGAAAAUGUAGAUCUUCUACAAACUGUCCAGCAUUAUCAAAAUAUGGUAAAGGAGUUUACUAUGAGUUUCAAAGAUGCUGAAGAAGAUUAAGAGAGGUCAUGAGGUGUGAAAGUUUUCCAAAUGUUCGUGGAUCGAGAGCCAUCCAGAUAUUCAUGGAAGUUCCUCUCCUUACUGCGAUUUGAAUGUGUUAUGGAGUUUACCCCACAAAAGUGCCAUCAGAUGUUUCGUGUGAUUUUCUUUUAACUAUGCAGAUGCUUUUUGGAUAUUUCUCAUCUGCUUCUCAAUGUUUUAUCAUAAUGGAAGUAUCCUCACAUGAACAACGUCCAGCUAUAUAAAUUAACCAUUCAUAUUACCUCAUAUGUGUAUCGUCCAAGUGAUUCAUGAUUUUUAUUUUCAUGUAACCACUAUCUAUAAUUUUACUCAUUAGUACCAUCCAGACAUAUUGGAUUUUGACAUUUUAAAUAAUCCCUAAGAAAUAUUUCAACCAAUGUUAUGCUGCAUCUAUGUGGGUUAAGUCUGUGUUGAAUAUUCAUGUAUGUGAUGUAUUACAAUAAUGCAGUUUAAUGUUUCUGACCUUAUAUAUACAGUCAAACCUUGUCAUUCCGCUCUCCCCACUUAUCGCCUAAAAAUAUAUUUAAAUUUACCUUGUUUUACCACUAUCCACCAAUGCAUUGGGCGAAACAUUCCUAUAUGAAAGCAUAGUAAAACAACCCGAUAUACCGCCAUCGGACAAUCUCGUUUACUAUCUACUACUUUGUGACAAAUAGCUGACCACGUGUGUGUAUGUGUGCAGGUUCACAUGCAGGUCAUGUUCAGUCAAUCGUUUUUAGCUAACACUCGCUAGACAGGGUUUUUUUGUGGGGUUUUACACUACCCAGUAAACCGAAUUACCACUUCUGAAACCAUUCAAAAUAAUUUGCAAACGUCAGCUAGCAGAACUUGGGUGUAGUCUGCCAAUCACUCAUUCCCUGAAUCCCACCCUUCAAAAUUACUUCAUUAGCUUACAAAUAAAAAUAAGAAAUCACUUUGAAAAUGUUACAUAAUUCGAAACAAAUACCUCACCCUCAAACGUACCUUAUUGGGCCUCUCUUUGGACGUUCACCGGCUUCGGUGGCGUCGUGGUUAGGCCAUCGGUCUACAGGCCGGUAGGUACAGUGUCAGAAUGACCGUAUUUUUGACGUAUUGUUAAAUAAAAACAAACUUUUCCUUUUACUUUUUGGACGUUUGUUCAUCAGUACUUGCAAGCAUAUCAAUCAUAAUAAAUAGGGCUGUAAUAGAGCAUAUUUUGUGUUAUUCUGUAACACAACUAGGGUACUUUGGGGCUGGUACUGAGCACUUAGAAAACUCGUUAUAACGCCAAAAUCAGUUGGGUCUCAAACUGGGUGGUAUAACAAGGUUUGACUGUAUGGAUAGUUAAUUAAUUUUAAAAGUAUUGUCAGAUGAUGUAUUAGAAAAUAUUGUCAGAUGAUGUAUUAGAAGUACAUGUACACUGUUUCCAAAAUAUAAGAUACAAAAUAUGGAAAAAACAAAUUACAUUCACAUACGGCCCUGUUCAUUUGACCGCCUUUAAGUAUCAUAAUAUAAAAAAAAUUCUUUAGCAGGGGUACAGAAAUAGAAAAGAUUUUUUGAUAUAAAGUGACAUCCUGCAAGUAUUCAAAACACACUGGCAACAUACUGGCAACAUAAACAAGCUAUUUUUAGGAAGUAUUGAUCUUCGACCAGCUCUGUAUCCGUUGUCUAUUUGUCAGUCAAAAAAGAGAGAUGGUCAGUCAAACUGGUAAAUGCAUUUUUUUAACUCGUCCAUCAGAAUUUGUACUUUCAUUUGGCGAGUACUUUCUUCACCCCCGUUUAGUUUGUUUAUAUUUUUAGUUUUAGCAAAGCUUUUACGUGGUCAAAAAUUAAGUAAACAAGCAGUAAGUAACAUGAAUUAUUCUAGUAUUUCAAAUUGUUGGUGCCAGUCUGUACAUUUGAGAUAUUUUUACAUUUGAGAAAAUGAAACACGUGCCGUGAAAAAUAAAAUAAAAAUCACUGAAUAAAUUAGUUGUUAACUGAACUUAUCACAUCAAACAGUUCAACUUUGGCAUGAAUGAUAAUGUAUUUUGUUUUUUAAAGAAUGAAAACUUAAAAACCAGCCUCGUUUGAGGGAUUGGCAAAAACACAAUUAAAAAAGUCCAGAUGCGGACACGUCUUGAUAAAAAAAACAAUAAUGACAUUAAAAUUGGCAUGUGUAUGCAGUUCAAAAUGUUGCUGCCCACUUUUAGUUCUGGCAGAACGUAGGCCUGCAUAUUGCCUUGUAAAAAAAAAAGAGUUAAUGUCUAACCCUGAAAAUAUUAUAAAUCGUUUGAGAUAAUGUGAGUAUGAGACAAACAUACAGACGCUUACAUAUACACAUAGAGAAAUAUUUGAGACCUACAUUUUUCAUGAUAGCGUGACAUUUGAAAGAGGUUUUUUUAGAAAAUGGAUUAAAGUAAAAUAUUUGUUACGUUGAAGGUCUGAAGAUGGAAGCCAGCAAGAAGUAAAUCGAUUUUAAAGUUGUUAUUAAUAAAACCUAUACAGAAAAAAAAGAAAAAGUAAACAGAUUCUUACAAGUCAGUACAUGUAUUUAAAUUGCACUGUUUAACUAUUGUUUGAUGCUAAAACAGAUGUUAACCUGUAAAAUGUUAGUUUUUCCAUUGUUUUUACCCGAAUAAACAAUUAAAAACA